AUGUUUGGAGAGGAUGCUGUGGUGGAAGAGACAGAUGAUGAGCUCGAAAAUGGGCACCACAGGCCAAGGAAGGGAGAGAAGGGGCUGCCGCUUAGGGGAGGCAUAGACUUGGAUGACCCAGAGUAUGAAGGAAGAAGGGUCAGCCGAGACGCCGUCUUUGGUGAUGAAUCUGAGGACGCCAUUUCAGAAGACGAGGACGUGGAGACAGGUUCUGAGGAGUACGAGUCAGAGGGGCAGCUGGGGGAUGAGCAGGGGGCCAGAGCAGAGCCAGAAUCUGCUGUCACAAAUGGGGCAGAUAUUUUUGAGGAUGAGGUCGAUGAGGAGGCGGCUGCGCUGGAGCGCGAGUUUGAGGCGGCCAGGGCCGGCACCACCGCCGCUGACAUGGCAAUUACUAACCGGGACAGGGCGGCGCGUGAAAGGGCAAAGGGGACAGCGGUGAAGAACCAGCGCGCCCUGUGGGAGCGCAUGCUCGAGCUGCGGAUCCUCCUGCAGAGCUGCCUGCAGGCGUCCAACAGGCUGGUCCGGCCGCACAUGCAUGUGGCGGCAUGCGCGGUGGCGCCAGAGCUGCGGUCAGGCUUCCACGGCUUGGCCGACGGCGCAGCCGCCACCCUUGACUCACUCCUGGACUUGCACGACGAGCUGCUUGAGCGCGUGCCUGACCGCGCGGCAGCCGCCGCCACCGAGCCGCCAGCAGAAGCCGUCAUGGGUAAAACCGGCAAGAAGCGCGGCCGAGACGGCGCUGCCGGGGAUGACUUAUUGUCUGGGACCAAGUGGGCCAGAAUGAAUGCGGCGUAUGGGAGCUUCGCUCCUUUCCGGGACGCAUCAAUGGACAGGUGGCACCGGAAGACCAUGCUGAUGACAGGCAGUGGCGCUCUCCGCAACAACUUACGCGCCCUCAAUCAGAGCCUCUCUUCACAGGUCGCAGCAUUAGUGACGGACUCUGGACCGGCAGUGCAACGCACGCAGCUGAUGACCGCUCAAAUCAGGCCCUUGAUGGGGCGGGCGUCCGCUCAGGCAGACCAGGACGAGGAUGCAGAUGAUGAGGACGAGCCUGAUGAGACUGUGUUGGACGCGCGCGAUGCCGAGACGUUUGAUGAUGGAGAGUUCUACCAGCAGCUGCUGAAGGAAUUCUUGGAGGGCAGCGGGGUGGACGCUGCAGCGGUCAACGCCUCCGCACAGGGGGGCAAAAAGAAGCGCAAGAAAGUGGAUCGGCGCGCCUCCAAGGGGCGAAAGCUGAGGUACCAGGUCAUGGAAAAACUUGUUCACUUCAUGACACCUGUGGAGCGUGCAGAGGCGCCCACGCUGGCAACACAGCUGUUUGCCAAUCUGUUCGGCCAGGGCAGAAGCAUGGCAGGCGGAGCAUGA